AUGGGAAGUUGUGCUGAUAAUCUUCAAGGUGUUGACCUUAUAGUUAUCAGAAGUGGCCCUACUCUUAAACCUGCUACUGGGAGAGCACUCAUCAUGUCUGUCACUCUACUUGAAAUUGAUCAAGCUAUGUUUAGUAUUGAUGGAGACAAAGCCCCUGGGUUUGAUGGAUUCAAUGCAGUUUUUUUCAAGAGUCAGCUUUAUCCUCAGGUUAAUAUUGCUUCUAUUACCCUGAUUCCUGAAAUUUCUAAUCCUACUUAUGCUAGUGUUUUUAGACCUAUAGCUUGUUGUACUAUAGUCUAUAAAAUCAUAGUUAAGAUCCUUACUCAUAGGAUGCAAGAUGUGAUUGGGGAGGUUAUUAACACUGCUCAACCUAGUUUUAUGCCUAAGAGACAUAUAGCUGAGAAUAUUUUACUAGCUACAGAUCUUAUUAAGGGAUACAUUAGGAAAAAUAUCUCUCCUUGA